AUGGUAGAGUCUGAUGACACAAUGAGAGCAUCCACAAACACUGUGGAAACAACGUACUCAAGUCAAUACCACAACGGCCUACCAGUACUCGAUCAACACACUCAAGUCAGUACAACAGCUGCCUACCAGUACUCAACACACUCAAGUCAGUACAACAGCUACCUACCAGUACUCAACACACUCAAGUCAGUACAACAGCUGACUACCAGUACUCAACACACUCAAGUCAGUACAACAGCUGACUACCAGUACUCAACACACUCAAUACUCAACACACUCAAGUCAGUACAACAGCUGGCUACCAAUACUCAACACACUCAAGUCAGUACAACAGCUGACUACCAGUACUCAACACACUCAAGUCAGUACAACAGCUGCCUACCAGUGCUCAACACACUCAAGUCAGUACAACAGCUGACUACCAGUACUCAACACACUCAAGUCAGUACAACAGCUGACUACCAGUACCCAACACACUCAAGUCAGUACAACAGCUGUCUACCAGUACUCAACACACUCAAGUCAGUACAACAGCUGGCUACCAAUACUCAACACACUCAAGUCAGUACAACAGCUGACUACCAGUACUCAACACACUCAAGUCAGUACAACAGCUGGCUACCAGUACUCAACACACUCAAGUCAGUACAACAGCUGGCUACCAAUACUCAACACACUCAAGUCAGUACAACAGCUGACUACCAGUACUCAACACACUCAAGUCAGUACAACAGCUGCCUACCAGUGCUCAACACACUCAAGUCAGUACAACAGCUGACUACCAGUACUCAACACACUCAACCUGAUACAGCCAUCAGAUGGACAAACAACAGUGACAACUCUCAGAUACAGCCAUCAGGUGGACAAACAAACAGUGACAACUCACAGAUACAGCCAUCAGCUGGACAAAACAACAGUGACAACUCUCAGAUACAGCCAUCAGGUGGACAAACAAACAGUGACAACUCACAGAUACAGCCAUCAGCUGGACAAAACAACAGUGACAACUCUCAGAUACAGCCAUCAGCUGGACAAACAACACCAUCAGCUGGACAAACAAACAGUGACAACUCUCAGAUACAGCCAUCAGCUGGACAAACAAACAGUGACAACUCUCAGAUACAGCCAUCAGCUGGACAAACAAACAGUGACAACUCUCAGAUACAGCCAUCAGCUGGACAAACAAACAGUGACAACUCUCAGAUACAGCCAUCAGCUGGACAAACAAACAGUGACAACUCUCAGAUACAGCCAUCAGCUGGACAAACAACAGUGACAACUCUCAGAUACAGCCAUCAGCUGGACAAACAACAGUGA